CUGUCGACGACAGCACUCGUCCGCUUCUUCUUGGUGAAUCAUCUUUCUACGGCUGUGUGAGUGCGUGUUUUGCAUUUGCAGCGAUUGUGUCCCGUUUUUCGGAUUCCUCCCGGGGUUUUUGCGGAUAAAAUUCGUGUAGACGGACCAGAGUCCGCGAAUUUUAUCACCUCUUCCCGCUUUCGGCGUAACUUGCUUCGUUUUUUCAUAAAACUGCCCUACUGGAGUUGGGGAUCCCGGUGAAGGAAAAGCAAAGGUUCCCGUUUCCUGCGAUAAAAGCUGGGCGUUUCCUCCUUCCGUGGUGCUGUGCAGCAUUAUCUUACGGGAAGUGAUUUUUAAAGUUUCGAUCUCAUCUACUGUAAAGUAUUUUACGCAAUGACGGAGCGCCAUACGUUUGGUGGCACGGUGAGCCCCAUCACUUGCCAUGCCUGGAAUAAGGAUCGUUCCCAAAUUGCCAUCUCGCCGAACAACAACGAGGUGCACAUCUACAAGCGCACCGGCUCGGAAUGGAAGCUGACGGACGUGCUGAACCAGCACGAUCUGCGCGUGAUGGGCAUCGACUGGGCGCCGAACACGAACCGCAUCGUGACCUGUGCCGUCGACCGGAACGCGUACGUCUGGACGCAGGGCGACGAUGGCAAGUGGAAACCGACGCUGGUGCUGCUGCGCAUCAAUCGUGCGGCCACCUGCGUCCGCUGGUCGCCGCUGGAGAACAAGUUCGCGGUCGGUUCGGGCGCCCGGUUGAUCUCGGUGUGCUACUUCGAGUCGGAGAACGAUUGGUGGGUGUCGAAGCACAUCAAGAAGCCGAUCCGCUCGACGGUGACGUCGCUCGACUGGCACCCGAACAAUAUGCUGCUGGUGGCGGGCUCGACCGACUACAAGGUGCGCGUGUUUUCCGCCUUCAUCAAGGACAUCGAGCAGCACCCGGAACCGACGGCCUGGGGCCCGAAAAAGCCACUCGGCCAGAUACUGGCCGAGUUUAAGAACUCUUCCACCGGUGGCGGCUGGGUGCACAGCGUGAGCUUCUCGGCCGACGGCAACCGGAUCUGCUGGGUGGGUCACGACAGUGCGAUCAACAUCGGCAUGGCGAACGGGGGCAACGUGACCGUGAAGCAGAAGACGGAGUACCUGCCGUUUCUGUGCUGCGAGUGGAUUUCGCCCCAGUCGAUACUGGUGGCGGGCCAUAGCUGCGUGCCGCUGAUCUACACGGUGGGCGAGGACGGUAAGGUUUUGCUGGCGGCCAAGCUGGACCAGUCGACGAAGAAGGAGCAGAGUGGCAUUUCGGCGAUGCGCAUCUUCCAGUCGUUGGAUCGCAAUUUGCGCACGGAAAACUCGGACACCAACCUGGAGUCGAUCCACCAGAAUGCGAUCACCUGCGUGUGUUUGUACAGCGGGGAAAAGGGUAAUGUGCAGCGCGUCAGCACGUCCGGGCUGGAUGGGCAACUGGUCAUUUGGGACAUCGACACGCUUACCCGAUCCAUGCAGGGGUUGAAGCUUUAAAUGGGGCUUGUCAGCGGGGAAUGCAGGAGGGGAGGAGUUGGAGGAGCAGGCCUCUCUUUCCCUCGCGGGUCCAUUACUAUCACCUGGUUAAAAGUAUUUCCCUUUUUCUCAUAGGAUUGUUUUAGUGCAUUUUAAUAGCUCUACUUCCGAGAACGAGAAUCGUUGCAAAUAAAUACUUCAUUCCAGCCAAAA